AUGUUAGUGUAUCAUCUUAAUGAGAUUUGGCCUCUUUCAUUUCCAAGGAGAACGAUGUGGGAUGCUAGAUCAGCCUUCCGAGAUUGGGUUUGUUAUGAAAAUAAUGCCUAUGAUGAUCAACAUUAGCCUGUCAUAUGCUCAGCAGCGUACUGCACAUUUUUUUGAUUCAAAGUUUGGCAGGCCAAUAGUAAACACUUCCUAUUAGGUUUCCUUCAGAUUUAAAUUCAAAACAUCAAGCUGUUUCGUAGAGAUGAGCAUUAAGUGUCCUUUCGCUGCUUGCUAUUUCCACUUACCUCUCCUUGUUCGUGAAAAAUCGUCUUCAGAUUUCAUUGAGAAAUGAAAUAUCUGUGUACCAAGGAACAUUUUUCCUUGUGGUGUUGUAUUUCAUUGUCAUUUUCUGCAUUUAGAUGCCAUCAAUCGUGUUUAGUGGGGCUAGAAUGCUAUGAUCAUCAUAGUUUUUUAGGUUCUUGAACUUCAAUGUGAUGGCAUCAUUGCAAGUAGAAACCUUGAUCAUCCAUUAUCUUGUGAGAUCACAAUAUGUUUGAAAACGUUUAGUUAGUAAUCUUUCUCCUUAAGGUCGUUCUUAUCUAAGUCAGCUCUACAGCUUACACAAUGUGGAUACGAAUUUCUCCUCCAUGAGCUUGUAAAUGGGCAUCAAUAAGCACAUCAUAUUGUUAUAAUUUAUGUUCAAUGAAAUGCGGUGACCACAACCUUCUAUAAAGUCAACGGUUGGAAUAACUUUUUUUUUUCUUAUUCAUUUUUCCUUUGUUUGUGGUUGUUUACCAUUUCCUAAUUUGUAUUCCUACGCAGGUGACGAGCUUCUUUCGGACUCGUUCCCAUACAAGGAGAUCGAGAAUGGAAUACUGUGGGAAGUCGAAGGAAAGGUUAGCCCUGUUAGAUUUCUGUGUCAUAUUGUUAAUUUUUUGCAUCGCUGGUUGCUAAAUAUUUGGCUUUUUCCAUCUAUUUUUUGAGAAGAAGUUGGUAAGAGCGCCCUGGGUUAGCUCUGUAUUGCAUGUUGGGUCAAUGCCGGGUUGACGAUAGCUUUUAAUUUAUUGCUUUAGUUGAUAGAUUUUACUUGUCUUUAUAUCAUAAGAUAUUUUUGAUUUCGAUGAAUUUAGUGUUUUUUACACAUGUUUUUCUAAUUUAUCUGUUAUCGAGGGGUGCAGAAAGUGUUUACAUGGUCUGUAAAAGGUUUUGGAGAGAUUGUUUUUAUGGUAUUAGUAUGGAUAAAUUUAAUUAUUCGUCAAUUAUUUUCGAGUUAUUUGAUCCCUCUUAAAUUUUCCUGAAGCAUUUAUAAAAGGGAUCGCCUAAAAUAUAUUGGAAUCUGUGGACAUUACUGCUUCUUCUCUGUGCUUGCUUUUAAUGUACAAUAUGCUUCUAAUGUUCAAGUGCAGUGGGUGGUUAAAGGAGCUCUUGAUGUAGACAUUGGAGCAAACCCAUCUGCUGAAGGUGGAGGAGAAGACGAAGGCGUUGAUGAUCAGGCUGUCAAAGUUGUUGAUAUUAUUGACACUUUCCGUCUUCAGGUGUUUCCUUCUUCGAAUCAACUGUUUCAGCUUGUUCUCUUACACCUCUGAGCAUUCUAACAGUUGUGAUAUUUUCUCUGAAUAGGAGCAACCUCCUUUCGACAAGAAACAGUUUGUGGCCUACAUUAAGCGGUACAUUAAAAACUUGACUCCUAAGUUGGACGAGACGCAGCAGGAGGCAUUCAAGAAGGGCGUUGAGGGUGCCACAAAAUAUUUACUCUCCAAACUCAAGGACUUGCAAUUGUAUGUGCUUAUUUUUUUUAUUUUGUACAUUGUUUGAUUCAAAAAGAGCUUCUAGUAUUCCUUAGUGUUGGGUAAUGUUUUCAAUAGGUCAGACCGGUAUGGAGCCCAACCUAGUGAUGAUUUCACUGCUUUUUUGGGCUUCAAGUUCAAGUAUUGUCUGAGAAUUUGACCUUGAAUUGUGUCUAUCUGGGUGUUGAAAAGUUCCUACCUGCAGCCCGUAUCUCCCUUUCCAUGUGGUUGCCCUACAAUAGACAAUGCACACAUCUCUCUCUCUCUUUCUCUCUCUCUCCUCUCCCCAUCUCUUCCUCUGGUGGGUUCAUAUGAAGGGCCCAGACAUUAAGGGGUGGUCCGGUUCCCACAUGGAGCCUUUUUUCUAGGAGGAUCUUCUUUGAGUUUGGUUCUGAUCUGCCUUAUUACUGACUAGUCUAGUAUCUUGAAAUCUUUUAAGGUCGUUGGACCAUUUUAAUUAUAUUUUCAUCAACAUACUUUAUUGGAAGCUCACCAUGAGCUUGCCGAUUUCAUAGUUCAUUUUUGUCUUAGUUGACUCGGUGGGCUGAGUAUGUUUCCUGUUUUUGGCAGCUUUGUUGGUGAGGGCAUGCAUGAUGAUGGAAGCGUGGUGUUUGCAUACUACAAGGAUGGUGCCACCAAUCCAACAUUUUUGUAUUUUGCCCACGGUCUCAAGGAGGUCAAAUGCUGA